CACCGGAGGGCCCCGGUGAGGGCGUGUCUUGGAUUUGGCCACGCCCCCUCAACGCAGGGUUGGCUGCGGCGCGGGGGAAGGAGACGCUGCCCUUCCGCGGCAAUGGCGCGCGCCGGGGGGAGAGGGCGCCGAGCGGGGCCGUGCGCCCCCCCGCCACGGAUGAGGAUUGCUGGAUGAAGGGCAACCCCAGGACUCUGAGCGAGAUGUCAGAGGAAAGUUGGAUUUCUUUGUGAGGAGCUCACGCAGCAUCUGCAAGUGCUCUUCGCCUUUCCGGUGGCUCCUGGAGGUGCCAACAUCCUCGUGCAGACAUGGCAUUUAGAAGGACAGAGGGAAUGUCCAUCAUCCAGGCCUUGGCAAUGACUGUGGCAGAAAUCCCUGUGUUUGUUUACACGACAUUCGGGCAGUCUGUCUUCUCUCAGCUGCGGCUCUCUCCAGGCCUGCGUAAGGUGCUGUUUGCUACAGCUCUUGGGACGGUUGCGUUGGCUCUUGCAGCUCAUCAGAUGAAGCGUCGUCGUCGUCGAAAGAAGCAGAUUGCUCCAGAGAAGUGCGGCUUUAAGCCUGGAGGGAUCACAGUGCCCAUCUUGCCAACCAGGAGGGUCUCCUCUGUGAAGAAAGGAUACUCCAGCAAGAGAGUCCAGAGUCCUGGCAGCAAGAGCAAUGACACGCUCAGUGGGAUUUCCUCCAUCGAGCCCAGCAAACAUUCCAGUUCCUCCCACAGCCUCGCCUCGAUGGUAGUAGUCAACUCUUCCAGUCCAACACCAGCAUCAGCAGGAAUGUGGGAGGGUCAGGCAAUGGGGGAUGCUGGAGCCCUCGCUGAUUCCAGUGCCGAAAGCCUCUACAUUCAAGGCAUGGAGCUCUUUGAGGAGGCCCUGCAGAAGUGGGAGCAGGCACUGACCAUCAGGCAGAGGGACAGUGCUAGCACCAGCACCCCCGUGCCCUGGGACGGCAGGAGACAGACCGACAGCACGUCUGAGAACAUCCCAGAGGAGGAGUCCCAGAACAGGGAGUUCGCUGAGAAGCUGGAAUCUCUCUUGCACCGAGCCUACCACCUCCAGGAAGAGUUUGGGUCUUCACUUCCGUCAGACAGCAUGCUGCUGGAUCUGGAAAAGACUUUAAUGCUUCCACUGACGGAUGGGUCAUUGCGGCUUCGGACAGAUGAUGAAGAGAGCUCGAUUUCCGAGGACUCCUUCUUCUCUGCAGCGGAGCUCUUUGACCCUCUCCACUUUGAGGAAAUACCGUUCCACCUCUCUAAGCCAGUUGCGGCAUAUGAAGAAGCUCUGCAGUUAGUGAAAGAAGGGAAAGUUGCGUGCCGGACACUGAGGACAGAGCUCCUUGGCUGCUACAGUGACCAGGAUUUCCUUGCGAAGCUGCACUGUGUCAGGCAGGCCUUCCAGGAACUACUGGAGGAUGAAAGCAAUCAACUGUUUUUUGGGGAGGUCGGGAAGCAAAUGGUGAUAGGACUGAUGACAAAAGCUGAAAAGAACCCCAAAGCUUUUCUGGAAAGCUACGAGGAGAUGCUGCGUUAUGCACUGAAGCAAGAGACUUGGCCAACCACUCAGCAGGAGCUGGAGGGAAGAGGGGUGGUGUGCAUGAGUUUCUUUGAUAUCGUGCUGGACUUUAUCCUCAUGGAUGCUUUUGAGGAUCUGGAGAACCCUCCCUCUUCUGUGUUGGCUGUGCUGCGCAACCGAUGGCUCUCCGACAGCUUCAAGGAGACGGCUCUAGCAACUGCUUGCUGGUCAGUUCUGAAAGCAAAAAGGAGACUUUUGAUGGUACCAGAUGGCUUUAUCUCUCAUUUCUACUCCGUAUCGGAGCAUGUCAGUCCUGUUCUAGCCUUUGGUUUUCUGGGGCCCAAGCAGCAGCUUUCUGAAGUCUGCAGUUUCUUCAAGCACCAGAUAGUACAAUAUCUGAAGGACAUGUUUGAUUUGGAUAUCGUGAGAUACACAACCGUGCAGUCGCUGGCAGAAGACAUUUUGCAGCUGUCGCGGCGGCGCAGUGAGAUCCUCUUGGGAUAUCUGGGCACUGAGACUUCCCCCGAGAUGAAUGGCAUGCUUCCUGGUGAAAAUGAGCCACUGAAGGAGCUCAUCUGAUGUGAGUCAGGGGAGGAAAAGUUUUGUACAAGGCUGUUUUUCCUCCCAGAGAUGGAUAAAACUACCUGAAAUGUGGCAGCAAGACUAUCUCAACACACAGCAACCUGGUGGGACCUUCUGCUUUUUGUAGCCAGUAGUGUUUGCUGGGAUGGAUCCAGGACCACUUGCCAGCUUAUGGUUUGAAUUUCUUCUUUGUUCCACCUUCCUGUGCUUUUUAUUAAUAUUAUUUUUCAUGUGUCAUAUAAACCACGAACAGCCUGGGCCCAGAUUUAUGCCCGAUUCCCUGGAAUAGGGCAACAUAUGUACCCGUUUGGCCUGAGCAUUUUCUGAGAGGUAAUCCCUGACGUUUACGAUGGUGUGUGGGAGCAGGAACAUCGUUGGUAAUUUCCCCACUUGACCCUUAGCUUUUCCAGGAGGCUUUGUUUGCUUUGGGAACUUUAUUAUCGUUCUUCUCUGCUGUGUUUCUUACAGACAUUGCUGCUGAUUUUCACCUUACGUGUUUUAGCACAUGCAACGGGACUAGCAAAGAUUUCUUUCCUAAGGAGGAAGAAAUACUUCUGUAAAGCACUGAUGUAAAAUGCAGACUUCUGUAACUGGUCUGAAGCUCUGAGGAAGCUUGUUUGCUCUCUGUGUUGCUGCUCUUUGCAGGCUAGGUGACGGGCUUUGUACCGUGACCAUCCUCGUUUAAGAGAUAGCUGAGGUCUGCUGAGGUCUGCAUUUGCCUCUAAGGCAAGUUAGGGUGAGGCGAGGGUGGAUUUGCAUCCUGCCUGUGCAUGCACAAAGUCUUUAACAUCUAUCAAAGUGCCUUGCUGUAUUUCAGAAUGAGCCAGCAGCAGUUUUUUGGGGUAGGAGGUGUGAGGUGUGCACAAGGAGAGGGAACCGGUGUAGUGUAGUGCCUGUUCCUGUUAAGCACAAAGGAUUCUGAGAUGCAGGUGUUGGAUGUGAUGUACAAGAAGGGUUAUGUGUGCAGGCAGCUGGAGAGGUGGGAUCAAGCUGCUAGAAAGGAAUCGACUCUUUAUAGUCUGACAAUCCUAAGAAACACAGCAUGGUUUUGGGUGUCAAAUGUGUGCGUAUGUAGGAUCUUGUUGUGCUGAGAUGGACUCUUCUCAAAUGAUGUGAUCUUGACCACACUGCCGGCACCUGAAAUCCGGUGGCUCUGGGCCAUGUGCUGAGUUUGGUACCAGUUUAGGAUAGCAGCGGCGGAGCACACUGGACUUGAAGCAGUUCUGGUUUUUGUGUGGGGUUAGCAGUGAUUUUCUGGGUCCUCUGAAUGCAAUGGCACAGAUGAAGGGUGAUGGUCCAGGCUGUGCUUUCUCCUAUUCCAGUCCACAUACACCUCCAAUACCCAAGAAGGUCUUCAGGGAGAGGAAAAGGAGGACUUUCAGAAAAGCACGGGCUUCACUGUUUUUUAACCAGACUGAUUAGUUCUCCCUUGUGUCUGUUCCAGGUAAAAGGCGUAAGUCUGAUCUAGCUGUAUUUUCACAAGGGAAAAAAAAGAAGUAAGACUCUGGAGUUUCCAUAUGAGUGGAAAGCCAGUGCAUGGGCUUGGGGGAAUACAAAUGCCUUCUGUCUUCUUCCUCAGAAAUCUAAUGUGGAUUCCGCUAGUAAAAGCAGGAAGGAAAUCAGGGAAAAAGGAGACAGGAGGAUGUAAAAGGAGUAGAUUAAUGCUCCUGAGAUGCUUGCAAGAGGUAAGUGUAGAGCAUGUAACACCUGUUGCUCUAUAAGCACAUCAGACUGAUGUGGCUUAUCCUGACGACCAGAUUAAUGCAAUAAACAAGACAGUGCUGAGGCAGAAGUGAAGACCAGCUGACUCGAGUGAGGCUGCAUGAAAUAAACUGUUAGGAGAAGGAUUUAAGAGACAGCAAUUAAAGUAGGAAAGGUCUCUGAGGUGUCUCGCUUCUGGCAGCAUGCAGUGAGAGAAGGAGCAGAGGAUGUUGUAUUAGCACGGCACACCUGCUACAUGUAAACUGUGAUUCAAAAUGUUGUAUUCUGAAAGCAAGUUACUUUGCCAAAACAAAAAUUUAUAGUGCUUUGUGCUCUUGUCUGGCUAGUUUAGAAGACAGAGAAACUUCAGCAGCUUUGUAUAGUGGUUAAAAAGAGGAUAAAUGUGAAGAUUAAUGUCAUAAGAUGGAUUAUAAUUCUAAACAAUCAAUGCUGUUAAUUUAUCAUUUUUAGAGUUGUUUUAUGUGUAUUUAUUUACUACUUUCAGUGUCUUUUGGCCUCAGUGCUGGGGCAGCCUGCCUGCUUUGUGUACAGACAAGAACGCUGGCCGCUGACUUUGGCUUUUGGCAUCCUUGCAGGAGAGGAUACUGAUACAGGGUCCCCAUGAAACAAACACUAACUUGCACUGUAGCUUUUUAAUUUAAGAAAUUGCAAAUUCCUAAUCAGUCAAAUGGAAGAAGAUAAUUUUACGACAGCUUUAUGCUUUUCCUUAGCCGUUACUGCAAUUGGGGUAUGCUGGUUAAAGAGGGAUCUUCCCUGAGAACAUCCACAGCUUCUCAGACAUUGAGUUCUCCCCCUCUGCCCACCAAUGCUAACUUGCUCCUGCACGAGCCAAGGAUGUCUGCUGAGAUAAACUGAUUUUUCUCUUUACAGGGGAGGAUGUUAAACUUCUCUAUGCUACCCCCUUGCCCUUGCUGUUUCAUUGCUGCUCUUUCUCUUUCCCCAGUCCCUCUGUAGCUUUAGAGGAAAGGCAGAGGAAAGGUGUUUGCAGCCCCUGCAGGGUGCUGCUCGGAUCAGCGAGCUGGCCCUGUAGGAGAAGCUCUCCCUGACCUUGAGGGGUGGUGGUCAGUGACCUGCUGCCUUCAGUUCCUUCAGCUGCAGCCCCAAGCAGGGGCUUGGGCUGCUCCCGCUGAUCACGUCCAGAGCAGGGCCAAGCCACCUCACAUGCAUCUGUUUUGCAGGGUAGAGUGAAAGGUUAUGAUAGAACAACUCUCUGCCCUCUGGCUGCAUAGCAGAUCGCUAGAAAAUCCUCCUUUCCCCAGCAUAUUGUGUUCUAGCAGAGGAAAUUCUUCAGUAUUAGUAGCAGAUGAGAUACGUGUUCCAGUAGGAUCUCUAGAGAUAAGAUAUUUGCCUUUUUUAUAAUGAACCCUUAUUCUCAAGGGGUUAAAUCAUUCUGGGUUGACACUUGCAAGAUUUUAACACUGAUGGGGAUUUAAAGUGGCUUAGCAGUGAUGAAAUAAAAUCCUUCAAUGGUUUCAGAUGCUUAAACAGGAUUCCAAAUAUGUAUGACUUUCAGUUUUUAUGUGGAGGUUGUAACAAGCUUCACCAGUGGUUCUGGUCUUCGUGGGCUUAACAGCACAAAUACAUCAAUAAAAAAGAAUGAGGAAAAAUCUGCCUUUUUGUAUCUCCGGGAUCAGCGUGGCUUUGAAGAGCACGACUCGCGCUGUCUCAUAGAAGGAGGUGGGAAAGCAGGAUUUUAUCGACCCCUCUUCAGUAGAACAUUCCUCUGCCAUAUCUGAAACUAAUGAAUGUAAACUCGUGCCUGUUUUCUCUUGAUUUCCUAAAGGUAUACAAAUCUGUUCGUGUUUUGCUUCAUUCUUUUUCUUUGCAGCUAUUUUUUUAAUACCUUUACUCUUAGGAUGUGGGCAUUACAAAUCAAAUAAAACUUUCCUUCCUGAUUGUGUUUUUUGU